AUAUGUCAAAUCACUGGAUUACCAGCCAAGUACAGAGAUCCUAAAACAGGGAUCCCUUAUGCCAACAAAGAGGCUUACAAGAUUCUACAGAAUGUGAUCCACCAUGGAUAUGUUUGGUCAAAUGGAUUGAACGCUUACUGUCAUGAUGUAGCGCAGCCUUUGCCAAAGGGUGUUCCUGCGGGAUUGGCAGAGGCACUGAUCGGU